GAAUUUGAAGUUUUCUGCUUGUAUCUCAAACUCUUCUAAUUUGUACAUCAAGCCGGUGCAAUCAAAGAGAGGCAACAAGGUCAGGGUGAACUAGGUUAUAGCCUUAUACAUUGUAUUUUAUUCAGCAAAUUACUCAUACUUUCAAGGGUGUAGUGAAAUAUGGCAACUAAGCAAGUCUGCCCUCCAAGAGAAGAAGAUGGAUGUGCACUCAAGGCUCAUGAGAAAAUAUAAGCAAGUUCCUCAAUGGUGGUUCAUGUGCCUACUUUUGGUUAACAUUGUGGCUACCAUAUAUGCCUUCCAGUUCUACAAUGAUCAACUCCAAUUGCCAUGGUGGGGCAUCUUGCUUGCAUGUAGUCUUGCCUUAUUUUUCACUCUUCCUGUUGGUGUCAUCACUGCCACAACAAAUCAGACGCCAACCUUGAAUGUAAUCUCAGAGUAUAUUAUCGGGUAUUUGUAUCCAGGAUAUCCUGUUGCCAACAUAUGCUUUAAAGUGUAUGGGUACAUAAGUUUGAAACAGGGGAUCGCCUUUCUGCAAGACUUCAAGCUUGGUCAUUACAUGAAGAUUCCUCCAAGAGCAAUGUUCAUGGCACAGGUCUUGGGUACAAUAAUAGCAGCAUUUGCGCAUUUGGGAACAGCUUGGUGGCUAAUGGACAACAUUCCAAACAUAUGCGAUAGGGCAUUACUUCCAUCAGAUAGCCCAUGGACUUGCCCUUCUGAUCAUGUAUUCUACGAUGCUUCUGUCAUCUGGGGUCUAAUUGGGCCUCAAAGAAUUUUUGGAGAUCUUGGCUACUACUCUGGCAUUAACUGGUUUUUCUUAGUUGGUGCGAUAGCUCCUGUCCUAGUUUGGUUGGCACACAAAGCCUUACCAGAUAGGCAAUGGAUUAGGCUUAUCACUAUUCCUGUGCUCUUAGGGGCAAUAAUUGAAAUGCCCCCAGCCACCGCUGUCAACUACACCAGUUGGAUUCUUAUUGCUUUCGCCUCAGGCUUUAUUGCUUACAGGUACUAUCGCAACUUGUGGAGUCGUUACAAUUAUGUGCUCUCUGGGGCACUUGAUGCUGGAUUAGCCUUCAUGGGAGUACUACUAUACUUGUUUUUGGGGAUGGAAAAUGUUAGCCUCAAUUGGUGGGGUAGUGACUCAGAUGGAUGUCCAUUGGCUUCUUGUCCAACAGAGCAAGGAGUCGUAAUCAAUGGCUGUCCAGUCCUCUAAGCAAAGCAUUUGGAUUUAUUGUAUGUUGAAUGGGAAAAAAAAAUGAAAAAUGAAAAAGAAGAAAAGAUAUUGUAUUCCUUCUCUUUUCGAUUCUUCAUCGUCGUAUAUUUGUAAAGCAACUGUAUAAUAAUGAAUCAAUGAUGUUGGAAAUACUUUAUUGUUAACCAAUAUGAAAAUUCUUUUA